AUGCCAACGACUAUCAGUAGAAGCAACAGUACUAUCAGCAAUCAUCGGUCAAUCGUCGAGAAUCGGAGUGAAAACAAGGAAGGAACCACCAUUCUUUGGUUCGAUACCGAUUUUUCGUCUCGUAAAGACACAGAACAUGUCAAAGAACAAUUGCGACUAAUUAACGAUUUCGUUUUAUGUUAUGCCGACCUCGAACAAUGCAUUACUUUCGUUCAGAGUACGAGUAAAGAAAAGAUACUCCUAAUUAGUUCAGGCAAGCAAGCGUCUCAAUUGGUCUCACGUACUGCUCAUCUGCGUCAAAUUGAUUCCAUCUUCAUAUUUAGCUUGAGAGUAGAUCGAUAUCAACAUCUUACAAGAGAAUAUCCGAAGAUCGUUGGAAUAUAUGCUCAUCUCGGUUCAUUGUGCCAAUCCAUUCAGCAACAAAUCGAUCGUCUCGACGAACAACUACAAAUAUUCAGUAUUUUCGAUCAAAGUCAGCAGUUAGGCAAAGAUUUAUCUAAACGAGCAGCGGAGUUUCUCUGGUUCCAGAUGCUUAACCAGAUCGUUCUUCGGUUUCCACGAAAUCAUCAAACAAAAAGACAGAUGAUCGAAACGUGUCGACAGUACUAUCGCGGAAAUAUAAAAGAACUGCAGAUGAUCGAUAAAUUCGAACGUGAUUACCAAGCUGAAGAUGCGAUCCGUUGGUAUUCGAAGCAAUCGUUUGUGAGCAAACUGGUGAACCAAGCCUUGCGAAGUAAAGAUAUCGAUCAAUUGUAUCGAUUUCAAUUCUUCAUUAAAGAUUUGUCCAAAAGUCUCGCUCGUGAACACGAGCAGUUGUUGUUGUUCAGUGAAGAACGAACACUGACGGUGUAUCGUGGAGCGAAGCUGGAGUGUGAUGAAAUUGAUAAACUGAAAGCAAAUCAAGGUAGACUGAUUUCGACAAACGGAUAUCUAUUAUGCAGUCGGUCUCGUACUCUGGCAUUUUCAUUGGCUAAAAAAGCAACGAAACGAACGGAUAUCGUCGGCGUUGUUUUCGAAAUGAAGUAUAGCAUAGGACAUGAUGGCGAACAAGUGGCAUUAGGUGAUGUUGUCAAUUUCAGUGAACAUCCUCAAAAGCAAGAAAUGCUGUUUGAUGUCAAUGCUUCAUUUGUCUUGGAAUCGGUCGUCACAGAAGAUGAGGUUUAUGUUAUUCGUAUGAAUGCAUCAGCUGAAGGACAGAAGAUCGCAAGAGAUUACAUUGAACUAAUGUCAAACGAAGCAUCAGAAAUGAGUACUGAAAUAAUCUUUGGUCGACUUCUAUGCCAUAUGGGCGAAUAUGAUAUUUCACAAAAAUAUUUUGAAAGACUAUCGAAGGAAUCAAAUGGGAACGAUCUCGCUUGGAUCGACUUUCACAUAGGUCGAGCACACGAUCUAAAAGGCGAAUGGUUACAAGCUCAAGAAUACUACAAGCGUACCUAUGAGAAAAUGAUGAGUGUAAAACCAGCGCGGGUUCGAGAUGCCGCUUACAUGCUUAGCAAUAUCGGUGGAAUAGUUCAUGACCAGGAAAACUACGAUGAAGCCGUUCAGUAUUAUCAACAAGCGUUGCAAUUGUAUAAGAAAUAUUGCCCAUCAGAAUAUAAGAACAUUGUUCAGACACUUAAUAUUAUUGCGAUGAUAUUUCGAAAGCAAGGAAAGUAUGACGAUGCUCUUGAACGUUUGCAUGAAGCAUUGAAAGUCGAACAAAUAAUAUGUUAUGCAUCUAGUCAUAUUGACAUGGCCACGACUCUGAACAGUAUUGGCGAUGUCUUGAAACGACAAAAGAAAUUCGAUGAAGCGCUCGAAUAUUUCAAACGAGCACUGAAAAUGCAAGAGAAGUCCUAUCCAUCAGGCCAUACUGAUAUUGCUCAAACUCUCAGCAAUAUCGGUUGUAGUCAAGGGAACAAACGCAAGUUUGACGAAGCUCUCACCUAUCAUCAACGCGCUCUAGAAAUGCGUGAAAAGUGUUGCCCCGCUGCUUAUGUCGACAUUGCCGACAGUUUAAACAAUAUCGCAUGGAUUCUAGAUGAACAAGGAGAAUAUGACGAAGCUAUUGAUUACUAUAAACGGGCACUGAAAAUGCAGGAAACUCACAAUUCCACCGGUCAUAUCCAUAUUGCUCAAAUUCUCAAUAAUAUCGGCACAAUUCGUCGCCAUCAAAAGAAAUACAAAACAGCACUUCAUUAUCAUCAACGCGCGUUAGAAUUACGAGAAAAGUACAAUCCAACCGGGUAUAUCGACAUCGCGCGCAGUUUAAACAAUAUUGCUUUCACCCUUGAUAGCCAGCGGAAGUACGAUGAAGCUCGCGAUUAUUAUCAACGAGCCUUGGGCAUGCAAGAAAAAGACUGUCCAUCAGGCCAUGUUGACAUGGCAUGGACAUGGAAUCGAAUGGGCGGUACAUUUCGUCGGCAGAAGAAGUACACCGAAGCCCUGGAUUGUUAUCAGCAAGCAUUAGCUAUUCAAGAGAGAUUCUAUCCAGCAGGACAUAUCGAUAUCGCUUGGACAUUGUCGAACAUCGGUAGUGUACAUCGAAAGCACGGUCGCUUUGAUGAAGCGCUCGAAUACCAUCAAAAAGCAUUAGGGAUAGAAGAGAAACACUAUUCAUCUGGUCAUGUAAAUAUUGCUCGAAGUUUGAAUAAUAUCGGCCGGAUUCUUGAUCGGCAAGACAAACAUCACGAGGCUCUUCUUCACCAUCAACGUGCGCUUACUAUACAUGAAAAAUGUCAUCCAUCUGGCCAUGUCGAUACUGCUUGGACUUUGAACAGCAUCGGUGAUAUCCUAAGAAAAGAAGAGAAGUAUAUCGAAUCACUUGAAUGUCAUCGAAAAGCAUUGGCCAUACAAGAAAAACACACCUCAACAAAGUAUAUUGAUACCGUUCGAAGCUUGAAUGGUAUUGGUUGUGCUCUUGGCAAUCAAGACCAAUUCGACGAGGCUCUUGGCUACCAUCAACAAGCAUUAGAAAUGCAGGAGGAAUUCUAUCCAACGGGUCAUAUUGAUAUGGCCCACACAUUGAAUAACAUCGCUUGGAUUUAUGAUAAUCAAGAGAAAUACGAUGAAUCAUUCGAAUACUAUCGGCGUGCAUUAAAAAUUCGCGAACAGUUCCAUCCGUCUAGUCAUAUUGACAUUGCUCGCAGUCUAGAUAGCAUAGCUUUUAUUCUUGACAAUCAAGGAAAGCACAGCAAAGCUUCAGACUACUUUCAACGCGCUUUGAAAAUCUAUGAGAAACUUCAUCCUAAUGGUCAUGCCAAUGUUGCUGAUAGUCUUAGUAAUAUCGCUCUUUGCUUUGAAAAAGAAAAUCGAUGUACAAUGGCACUUGACUAUUAUCAGCAAGCGCUGUCUAUGUAUGAAAAAUUUCUACCAGUGAACCAUUCAAAACGAGUGGUCACCGAACGCAGCAUUCACCGAGUAACAGAAAAAACACAAAAUACAGUACAAUGUGCUAGUUGUAUCCUUCGCUAA